AUGGCUUGCAAACUUUUAGUAAGAAAGUUCCAAAGUCUUACUUUCCCCUAAAUGGCAAUCAAAAAGCAUAGGAAAAAUCAUUAGGGGAAUGAAAAAUUCUUGAGCAAGAGCAGGUCAAAAAUUUUAUAUAAAAUAUUUAAAAAAUUAACAAAACAAUAUUGGAAAACAAAAAGGGAGAAAGUUAGGGUUAUUCUCGAAGAAAAAAUUACUGUUAAUAGAGAAAGGGUAGCGAAGCUUAGAAGAGAUAACGGGGAGACUGUAAUUGAUCAGAUUACAGCAGACCAGAUUGUAAAAGGAAUGAGAGGGAUGAGAGCGCUAGUUAAUGAGACUUCUACGCUAGAUCCGUAUUCUGGAAUUAAGUUCAGAGGACUAACUAUACCAGAAUGUCAAGCAAGACUGCCGAAGAAGCACAAUCAGCCACUUCCUGAGUCUGUUUAUUGAUUAUUGCUUACAGGAGAUAUUCCAACUCCAUCCCAAGCAGAAGAACUGCGCAGCGAGUUAGCUUCACGUGCUUCUCUACCUCAACAUAUAGAAGAUAUGUUAAACUCCCUCCCCAAGUCUCUUCACCCUAUGGUUCAGCUUUCAAUUGGGGUGAAUUCUUUAUGUGAAGGAAACCAAUUUGAUAAAGCCUUUAAAUCUGACUGUAAACGUGCAGAUUAUUGGAAAUCAGCCUUAGAAGAUGCCCUAAAUUUAGUUGCGAAAAUCCCAAGAAUAGCUGCAAUAAUAUACAGAAAUGCUUUCAAAGAUGGAAAAAUCUGUGCACCUUCACAGUCAUGUGACCUUGCAGAAAAUCUUGGAAGGAUGCUGGGGUGGGAUGACCCGAACUUUUUUGAGCUGCUGAGGCUUUAUUUGACUCUUCAUAGCGACCAUGAAGGAGGAAAUGUGUCAGCCCAUACAACACAUCUUGUAGGAUCUGGGCUGUGUGAUGUGUUCAGAUCUUAUUCGUCAGGGUUAAAUGCAUUGGCAGGGCCAUUGCAUGGACUCGCAAACCAAGAAGUGCUGAAAUGGCUUAUUGAGUUGUGGAAAAUUGUAGGGGACAAUCCGACUGAAGAUGAUAUUAGGAAAUACGUAGAAGGGACUAUGAAAAAAGGACAAGUUGUCCCUGGCUAUGGACAUGCAGUAUUAAGAGUGCCUGAUCCUAGGUUUUUAAUUGAGCUAGAGUAUAAAAAGAACUAUAUUCAAAAUGAUCCUCUAUUAAACAUUGUGGAGCUGUGUGGUCAAGCAUAGGUCGCAACCCUACACCCCACCCCCCUAAAAGUGGUACCCCCACCCCCCCCCUUAAUAUAGCAUAAAUAUAUGACAAAUGCCAAUUUAGAGCAGACGUAAUAAAUAAAUUAUUAUUUUAAAUAUUCAAAAUUACUGAUUUAUACAAUAUUCACAUAGCGUAGCACAAUCGAUUAAGGAGUAGGUGAAUGGGGUGAGAAUUUCCUAUAACUACUAAGCACACCACAUAUGAAAAAAUUUGUUAGCAAGCAUAAUAAUGAUCUUUGGUAUUAAUUAGCAUAUAUUUAUGAACUUUGUGGAACAAUGGCUAAAAGUCGAAUUAGAGAUCCAAAAGUAAACUGGCAAUAGCAAAUACUAUUUUUAUUACCACUAUUGAAUCCUGUUAUCAAUUCAGUCCUGCAAUCCUUGUACAAUUGUCAUCAGCUUAGCUUUAAUUUAUGAAUCAAUAAAUUUAAUGCAAGUUAUUGUAUUAUGCUUGGCUAAUUUAAUAAUUAAUGCCGUUAUCUAUAUCUUUGGCAUUAUAUUUAUAAAUAUAAAAAGCAAAUUUAAUAUAUUUUCUAAUUAAUUGCUAAUUAAUUUAAAUUUAUUAAUUAAUCAUAAAUAUAAAGUAAUUUGUGGACUUAAUUUAAAAAUAUAGUGUUUUAAUUGGGCUAUAUUUAAUUUAUUCUGCUUAUUUCCUAUCAAUUACUACUAUAGGAUAAACGCGAGAGGGGGUGGGGGUGCCAUCUGUGAAAGGGGGGGGGGGGGUACCAUUUUUAGGGGGGGUUCCCUUAUUGGGGUGGGGAUGUCUGGUUGCUACCUAUGCUUGACCAGCUGUGCUAUAAAGUGAUACCUGACAUGCUAAAGCAGCAAGGUAAAGCAAAAAACCCUUACCCAAAUGUUGAUGCAGGAAGCGGAGCUUUGCUUCAUCACUAUGGACUUAGAGAAUACGAAUUUUUCACAGUCCUCUUUGGAGUAUCAAGAGCAAUCGGCUGCUCUGCAAGCCAAGUAUGGGACCGCGCUCUUCUCUUACCAAUAGAAAGACCGAUAUCUCUAACUUUAGAGAGCCUAGAAGAAUUGGUUCAGCAAGCUAAAUCUUAG